UUAAUAAAAAAGAUGAAGCUUCUAUGGCCAUUAUAUUUUCACAGUUAUAAUUUAUUUACUCACCCCUUUAUCCAAGAGAGAACGCCAACAAGAUGAUAAUACAUCUUCUUGCUUGUCACGCACAUUUUGCUUUCUGCAAUAUACACGACAAUGCAAUUUGCAUUUGGAGACUUUCAAGAGCGUCUUGAGCAUUGUAUUAAUGCCUCAUACAAGUCGGAUCGCUCUUCUAGAUGAUAAGAGACAGUGCUCAUUUGUUCCUGGACAUGGAAUGUUCGAACGGAUAUAACGAUUUAGAAUGGGCGAUUGGUCUAAAUCGUCUUAUGUUGAAAAUCAUCGGUUUGUGGCCACCGGACAGUCGAGACCCUCAUGAAACCAUAAAAUCGAAAAUACGGUUACUGUGCAGCGUUGUCAUCUUACUUUUCGUACUGGCAAUACCAAUUUUCUUAUCAUUGAUAAAAGUGUGGGGAGAUAUGAUUCUAAUGGUAGAUAAUUUGAUAUACAAUCUACCCGUGUCGAUUGCUCUAUUCAAAAUUUACAUUAUAUGGUACAAACAAGAAGCUUUAAUGCCUUUGAUUGAUAUGAUCGCGAGAGACUGGAUGAAACCAAAGAUAAAAGAGGAGCGAAACGUUAUGCUAAGGCUCGCAAGGAUCAGUCGUAUGAUCGCUAUUAGUGGAUGGCUCGUGCCAUUCUUUCUAGCGAUAAUUAGUUUCGUCCUUACAUGUUUUGGAAUAACUACCAGAUCCGUGACGAAUCUGACGGACCCUGGAAAACCCUUAAUGGUACAAGCAUAUUAUUUACACAACAUCUCCAAGAGUCCGCAGUUCGAAUUGAUACUUCUGGCCCAAGGAAUUGCUCUUUUUAUCACGGGUAUCUCUUAUUAUGCAAUCGACCACUUUUUUGGAUUAUUAGUCUUGCAUGUACAUGGUCAAAUGGAGAACCUGCACAUCCGAUUGGUACAUAUGGAACGAUAUACAAACUUUGAUGCAGUUUUAAAAUACAAUAUCCAGGACCACAUCCGCUUAAUCAGAUCCAUUGAAAUGAUCGAUAAUUCAUUCCAUUUAUUGCUGCUUGGCAUAAUAUUAUAUUUCGGCAUAAUAUUCUGCCUACUAGGAUUUUUCAUAGUUAACGUUCUUAAUGAUGACGGUCAAUUGUCUGUUAUGCAAUUAAUUUGGUUCGUUGCAGUGACUAUAUGCGUUUUGUUGCAUAUGUGCCUUUACUGUGCCGUUGGUGAAAUUCUUGUGACACAAUGUGAAAAGAUUCAUAGCGCCACAUACGAAUACACGUGGUACACUUUAGAUCCAAAAGCGGCGAGGAACUUAAUUUUUAUCAUGCUGCGUGCAAGCAAACCGCUUUACAUCACGGCUGGAAAGAUAUUUCCAAUGACAAUGGCAACGUUUUGCAACUUAUUGAAAACAUCGGCAGGUUAUAUAUCAGUCUUGCUUGCUAAUCAAGAUUAACGACAAUGUUAUGAACUCUGAGCUAAAACUUCAACAAUCAUUUAGUAAACUUAAUUAUCAAUUAAUGCAAUAAGACAAUUACAUUACAUAUAUACAUAUACAUAUUCUUCAACAAAACGUACAUACGUAUUCACCACUGAUUUAUUGUAUUGUACAAUAACAUGUACAAUAACAUUGUACAAUAACAAUGAAAAAAAUUAC